AUAUAUCCUUAUAACACAAAAUGUCUAGUCUUACAUUAUUAAUUAUUUCUUUAUCCUUCAACAUCCUAGUACUCCUUCCUCUUCAAUUGGAUGCCAUCUCUUCUUGUAACGGCCCAUGUCGUACCCUAAACGAUUGUGACGGUCAACUAAUUUGUAUCAACGGAAAGUGCAACGACGACCCUGACAUCGGAACCAAUAUAUGUGGUGGAGGCGGAGGUGGAUCAGGAACGUGUAAAUCUUCAGGUACACUCACUUGCGGGGCAAAAAGUUACCCAAAAUAUAAGUGCUCACCGCCAGUGACAUCGUCCACAUCAGCAAAAUUGACUAACAACGAUUUUAGUGAAGGUGGCGAUGGUGGUGGGCCGUCAGAGUGCGACGAGGGAUACCAUUCUAACGACGAGAGAGUUGUUGCUCUUUCCACUGGUUGGUACAACGAUGGAUCAAGGUGUGGGAAGAUGAUUAAGAUUAGGGCUACUAAUGGGAGAACCACAACCGCGAAGGUUGUGGAUGAGUGUGAUUCCCAAAACGGUUGUGAUGAUGAACAUGCCGGUCAACCGCCUUGUAGAAAUAAUAUUGUUGAUGGUUCUAAUGCUGUGUGGAAUGCUCUUGGACUUGAUACUAAUUUGGGUGUUGUUGACGUUACUUGGUCCAUGGCCUAACUAGCUAGAUUUAAAUUAAAGCUUUUAUAAUAUAAACUAUAAUAAUACUCUAUAUAUAAGAGUAAUAAUGAUAUGUGCAUCCAAUUCUUAAUAUAUUUGAGUGCAUAUAUUAUGUGUAUUGUAAUAAUUAAGGGCAAUAGGGAGUGAUCAAGAGUAUUGAUCGAUGGUUUAAUCAUGAUCAUGUGUGCCUUUAAAGUAAUAUUAUAAUGAAUAGCCUAAAAUAAAAACAAGGUUUAAUUA